CCUCCGGCCCUCCUAAAGCCACAAACCCUAGCACCAGAUCGCACCACGGAUUGUUCGGUCCCUGGAAGAAGAUUGGGGGAAGCGGGAAGGGAGCGAGCUCGGCCGGGAUAGUUGCAGGCUAACUAUGCUUUAAUGAAGCAUGGGUUGUUUUGAAGAAGUUUCCCAGGAAGGCCCUCAAACCAAUCAGCACACUGACGAGCGCUCCAUAUGCUUACAUGCAUUUUCUGAUCUAUCACACGUUCCGCCAGCCACUUUCAUUUAUCUUUUAAAGGACUGCUAUGCGUAUGGUACCAACAAAGCAACCUCAAAGUUUAAGAUCCUUCUGCAGCUGGUGAAAGCAGCAUUGCAUAAUGGGCCACAGCCAGGCCCUUUCACAUAUGCUGUCCAGUGUAUGUACAUUGUACCUUUGCUGGGGAAAACUUAUUCUGAAGGGUUCAGCCAUAUGUUGACAUCUUCGUUAAAGCACUUGAAAUCUGUUGAGUCCGUAAAGAAAGAUUUCUUGGAGGCAAAGCACCUUGCUGCACAACUUAUUCUUGAUAUCCUUGAUUCUGUUGUACCCCAUGAGAACCGCAUAUUGGUUAAGCUUCUUGAGACAUUUGAGAUUGAGUUGAGAGAUAUGGCUUAUGCUCUGUAUGGUUCAGAGUUGGAUGAUGAUCUAGUGAAAGCAAGGGAACAUCUAAGACAGUAUGUAAAAUGCUUUAUGGAAUCAGAAUCCAAUGCAAUCGCUGUGGCUCUGAUAACACGAUUUUCCAUCAAAUGCUGUGAUGAGUCCUUUCUCAUAAAAUUAAUUGAAAGCAAUCAAUUAGAUAUUGCAGAGGAGUGUGCUACUUUCAUGGGCAAGGAAAUGAUAUCUUUAGUCAUUCAGAAGUACCUAGAUAUGCAAAUGCUAAAGAGUGCGAACAAGUUGGUGAAAGAACAUGACCUUACAGAAGAAUUCCCAGAUGUUAGCUAUUUGUAUAAAGAGAGUUUAGUAAAGAAGUUGGCUGAGAAAGGGUGCUGGGAUAUUGCAGAAAUCCGGGCCAAGAAGGAAACAAAACUCAUGGAAUACCUGGUAUAUUUGGCCAUGGAAGCUGGUUAUAUGGAGAAGGUUGAUGAGCUUUGCCAGCGGUACUCCCUUGAAGGUUAUUUCCAUUCUUUGGUUCCAGAGAAGGUAUUUUGUGGAUCUGAUUACUUAGAUCUGAAGAAAUUGGAUGUAGAAGAAAUUGUCUGGGUCGAUGAGACCAAUGGACUGCUUAAUGCAACAAGUUGUAUCGAGGGUUUUAAGAUUAUUGGCAUGGAUUGCGAGUGGAGACCAAAUUUUGAGAAAAAUAGCAAACCUAGUAAGGUUUCAAUCAUACAAAUUGCAUCAGAUAAGAUAGCCUUCAUCUUUGAUCUGAUUAAGCUGUACGAAGAUAACCCAAAAGUAUUGGACAGCUGCUUCAGGCGAAUUAUGUGUUCAUCUAAUAUACUGAAGCUGGGCUACGACAUUCAAUGUGAUCUUCAUCAGCUAACACAAUCCUAUGGCCAAUUGGAAUGUUUCCAGUCCUACGAAAGGCUACUUGAUAUGCAGAAGCUGUUUAAAUGGGUUACUGGUGGUCUCUCUGGAUUGUCAAAGGAAAUAUUAGGACUUGGUUUGAACAAGACACGACGAAAUAGCAACUGGGAGCAACGGCCACUCAGCCAAAAGCAGAAAGAGUAUGCUGCUCUUGAUGCUGUGGUCCUUGUGCACAUAUUCCAUGAACACAUCCGGAGACAACCUCAGUUUGGUGUCUCUGAGGGAUGCAAAGCUGAAUGGAAGUCUCAUGUUGUUUCCGUAGUGAACAGCGCGCGUAGGCCAUUGCGUUUCUAGGAGUAGGGUUAGGCAAGUUGACUAAGAUGCAACACUAGCUUCUGAGAUCGGCUGUGAUGUCAGAGAACUGCUAAAGGUUAACAAAAAAAAUUGGUUUCUAAGAAGUUUAAGCUUUGAAGAUGGUACAUGUAGCUGUUAGAAAGUACUUCAUUCUGUUAUCUUUGUAAAUAUAAUACCUGCUUCAGAGUUUUCCUUUCCUGUCGUGUCUCAUUCAGGCUCAGUACAAUCCUUACCAGUUGAAUUUUGAACCCUUUUGGUGUUUCGAAUUAUAGUGAUACGGUACGGCGACACAGUCCCGUAUAUCCUGUACUAAACCCUGGGGCAACAAAGUCAGACAAUUGUUUUCA